AUGAAAACUACUCCUCAACCCAUUACAAACACAAAUGAAGCAUCACAUAGUUCUAUAAACCUUGAUGGCGAUGAUAUUAAUCACAAUAUACAUGAAACUACUGAAAGACACCUUGACUUCCACUCAAAAGCCACAGUACAAGGCAUCAAAAAUGCCAUAGAUAAUUGGCUUUAUCCUAAUGAUAAAAUCUAUGAACAGGCAAUUCAAAAAGAGCUUGAAGCUCUUUGUCCUAAUAAAAUGGGCUGGUAUAAGAAAGAUUUCAAAUGGGAAACAUUGUUCAUUAAGAUUGAAAAUUUAAUAACUUUAUUUGAAUCUUUUAGAUGUGCUAUAUUUGAUCACGUUUUUAAAAAGAAAAUCUCACCUACUGUUAAUUCUGAAAGUUCAAAAUCUGAGAUAACUUCUUGGAAAGUGAGUGAAGAAGUUCAAUGGUGUUUUGAAAAUUUGGAUAGUAUAAUUGAAGAAGACGACAAAACAUAUCUUCAGAUGGUAGCCAAGAAAGUAUUUGGUCGAAAACCUACAAAAAAUCAAUAUGUGGUAACACGAGCUAUAUUGCACAAUUUAUUUAAUCCUGAAAUUGACAAGAUUAAAUUUGAUGAAAGAUAUCUUACACGAAAACUGAGUUCCUUCUUGCAUAAUCAUGGCGAAGAUGAUCAAGAAAAUAAUGAGUCAAGUUCAUCUGGUGAUGAAUGA